AUGACCGGCGAUGGGACGUUACCAUGUGGUGGUAACUUGUUUCUCGACUAUGUCUGUACAUUGAGCAAUGCCGAAAAAGGAUACCUCUACUCUCAGCCAGCAUGCGCUUUAUUCGUGUUCCGGAUGCUACCUAGUGUCUCCCAACAGACGGUGAUCAAAUUGAUAUGGAAUUCUAACGUGAGGUUUGUUGAUUUUUUUACUUCCCAUGAAAACGAAGAUCUAUGA